AAAAUAAGCUUUUAAGCAAUGCUCUCGUCAAAACAACGCAACUAAGAGACUCAACUGUUAGUAAAUGCUCCGAAACUAAUGAUCUUUCACUUGUGAUAAGAGCGCUCACCGACGGGUAUAAAAGUGCUAGCGUCUACUCUUCAGUAAGAGUCUUGCGCGGACGGUCAGAAUGUUCGGAGCGCUCUAACUAUUGGCAGAAAGUUCUAAAUAUUGGUAGCACGCGCAUUGGUAGUAAAACUUAAGAUUUAAGUGUUGUGAAUUUAAUAAAACAUCAAGUAUCAAGCAAUCACUGCCAAUUUGACAACCAGCGACGACAUCCAACCACGCCGCCAUGCAGUCGUUUAAGGCGGAUGAGUUGCCGCAGAAUCCACGCGAACGUGCCAAUCCACUCUCAGUGCUCAUGUUCUGCUUUACGAUGCCCGUAUUUUUCAAGGGCCGCAAAAAGACACUGGAUGAACGUGAUCUCUUUAGGGCUUUAAACAGUCACAGAUCAGCUGUAUUGGGAAACAAGAUGAGCCUAGCUUGGGAGGCGGAGAUCGAUAAGAAACGACAAAAACACAAGGAACCCAAACUGUUGAAAGCGGUGCUGCGCGUGUUCGGUGCGCGCUACGCGGGGCUGGGCUUAACGUUAUUCCUGCUGGAAAUCGGGUUGCGUGUUACACAGCCACUGUUUCUUGGUGGCCUUGUUAAUUACUAUGCCAAUCCGGCUAACAACGAGAGCACCAAUACAGCCUUUCUCUUCGCCCUAGGUGUGAUACUCUGCAGUGCGCUGAAUGUGCUGCUGAUGCAUCCGUACAUGAUGGCCGUGCUACAUACGGGAAUGAAGGUGCGCGUUGCCUUGUGCAGCGUGAUUUAUCGAAAGGCGCUACGCUUGAGCAAGACGGCGCUUGGCAGUACCACAACCGGCCAGGUAGUGAAUCUGAUAUCAAACGAUGUGGGCCGUCUGGAUACGUCACUCAUACACAUGCAUUAUUUAUGGCUGGGACCAGUGGAGAUAUUAGUAAUAACAUUGCUUAUGUACCGAGAGAUAGGCGUCUCCUCGCUAUUUGGCGUUGCAUUUAUGUUGCUCUUCCUGCCACUGCAGGCGUAUCUCGGCAAGAAGACGUCAGUGUUGCGUCUGCGCACAGCGCUGUGUACCGAUGAGCGCGUACGCAUGAUGAACGAAAUCAUCUCGGGCAUACAGGUGAUUAAGAUGUAUGCGUGGGAGAAGCCCUUCGGUAAGAUGGUAGAAUAUGCGCGUCGCAAAGAAAUGAAAUCCAUACGUAACGUGAACUAUAUACGUGGCAUUUUGCAAUCGUUCAUCAUGUUCAUGACACGUGUGUCCAUCUUUGCCAGUUUGGUGGGUUAUGUGCUGCUCGGUCAAUUUUUGACAGCGGAGAAGGCAUUCGUAAUCACGGCCUACUAUAAUAUAUUACGUAACACAAUGACCGUCUUCUUCCCCUUGGCCAUAUCGCAAUUCGCCGAGACACUGGUUUCAAUUAAACGUAUAGAAAAGUAUUUGUUGUAUGAUGAGACCAAAGUGAAGGAUCGCUCCGAUGAUAACGAAAAUGAGUACAAAACAAUAAAUCAAACAUACAUCAUCGAAGAGAAUGAAAAAACGCUGACACUAAAUGGUGGUGUGAAGCCGUUACAAACGAAUUCAGAGGAGAAGCAAGUAGUCCCAGGCAUUGAGAUACAUAAAUUAAAGGCGAAAUGGGAUCGCUCUAUGUCGGAAUAUACACUGAACAAUAUCGAACUGAAGGUGAAACCACGUACGCUGGUGGCUGUUAUUGGGCCAGUGGGGUCUGGCAAAUCAAGUUUAAUACAAGCCAUUCUUGGCGAACUACCCGCCGAAUCAGGUUCCAUCAGCGUACAAGGUACCUUUUCGUACGCCUCACAGGAACCUUGGUUAUUCACCGGUACCGUCCGUCAGAAUAUACUUUUUGGUUUACCAAUGGACAAGAACCGUUAUCGCACGGUGGUGAAGAAGUGCGCGCUGGAACGCGAUUUCGAGCUGCUAACUUUUGGCGACAAAACAAUAGUGGGUGAACGCGGCAUAUCGCUUUCGGGCGGUCAAAAGGCGCGUAUCAGCUUAGCGCGCGCAGUCUACCGUAAAUCCGACAUUUACUUGCUCGAUGAUCCACUAAGCGCUGUGGACACACACGUCGGUCGACAUCUCUUCGAUCAAUGUUUGCGCGGUUUCCUGCGAGAAGACAUAGUCAUAUUGGUUACACAUCAGCUGCAAUUCCUAGAACAGGCCGAUAUUAUUGUUAUUAUGGAUAAGGGUAAACUGAGUGCUGUGGGUACUUAUGAGUCGAUGCGUAGAAGUGGUCUGGAUUUUGCUAAAUUGUUGGUAGCUCCAGAUCUAAGUGCUGAUGCGGAUGGCGCUAAUGGGGCUGGUGGUGAUGUUGAAAAGAAGAGUAUGUCACGUCAGAAUAGUAGACAACGCCAGAACAGUAUUUCGUCUAUGAGCUCCAUAGCUGAGUCAGCUGCAGGCGAAGCGCCUACGCAGGUGCAGGAGAAUCGUGAAGAGGGUAAAAUCGGUUGGUCACUGUAUGCUAAAUACUUCACUGCGAGUGGCGGUUACUUAGUCUUCUCAAUAGCUAUGGUCUUCUGCCUUGUUGCGCAGGUUUUGGGAUCUGGCGGUGAUUACUACUUAUCUUAUUGGGUAAACAAAAAUGAGGCUAGUGCAGAAACGAAAUCCAUAAAUUUUGGCGCUCGCAUAAUCGGUCGCCUCUACGGUCGCGAUGUACGCAUAAAUAAUGAAACGGAUCCCAUUGACAUUUACAUAUUCUCGGCCAUUAUUUUGGCUACGGUCAUUUUCUCUUUAAGUCGCAGUAUACUUUUUUUCACAGUCGCGAAACGCUCUUCGAUUGCCUUGCACAAUGCCAUGUUCCGCGGUCUCACACGCGCCUCCAUGUACUUCUUUCACACAAAUCCAUCAGGUCGUAUAUUGAAUAGGUUCUCAAAGGAUUUGGGUCAGGUAGAUGAAAUUCUGCCAACGGUGCUGAUGGAUGUUCUACAAAUUGCUUUGGGCUGCGCGGGCAUUGUGGUUGUAAUAUCGGUUGUGAAUUUGUGGAAUUUGCUAACCACAGCAUUGCUGUCCAUAAUAUUCUAUUUCCUACGUUCAUUUUAUUUACAAACCUCAAGGGACGUGAAACGUCUUGAGGCUGUCACACGUUCACCAAUUUACUCCCACUUGGGCGCCUCACUAAGUGGCCUAUCUACAAUACGCGCCUUCGGUGCUCAAAAAACACUGAUAACCGAAUUUGACAAUUAUCAGGAUUUGCACAGUUCCGGUUAUUACAUGUCUUUGUCCACAAGUCGCGCUUUUGGCUACUGGCUCGACUGUUUCUGCGUCGUCUACAUAGCUGUCACAGCCCUAAGUUUCUUUAUAUUCUCACCGAGAAACGGCGGAGAGGUGGGUUUGGCCAUAACGCAGGCUAUAGGCUUGACCGGCAUGGUACAGUGGGGCAUGCGUCAGUCAGCUGACUUGGAGAACAAUAUGACAUGCGUUGAGCGGGUAGUUGAAUACGAUCAAAUCGAACCAGAAGGCGAAUUGGAGAGCAGACCUGGUAAGAAGCCACCGCAGAACUGGCCGGAACUGGGUAAAAUUAAAUUUGAUAAACUUAGCUUGCGGUAUUUUCCUGAUCCAAAGUCGGAACGUGUGUUGAAAUUCCUAAAUUUCGAAAUACAAUCCUGCGAAAAGGUAGGCAUUGUGGGACGCACGGGCGCAGGCAAAUCAUCGCUCAUCAAUGCGCUCUUCCGCUUGUCAUACAAUGAUGGUGCGAUAACAAUCGACACCAGGGAUACCAAUGAUUUGGGUUUGCAUGACUUGCGUAGUAAAAUAUCCAUAAUACCACAAGAGCCGGUGCUCUUCUCGGGCACAAUGCGUUACAAUCUCGAUCCAUUUGACGAAUACUCCGAUGCCAAGUUGUGGGAGGCGCUUGAUGAAGUUAAAUUGAAAGGUGUUGUAUCGGAAUUGCCAAGUGGCUUGCAGAGUAAAAUUUCAGAGGGCGGCAGUAAUUUCAGUGUCGGUCAACGACAGUUGGUAUGUCUGGCACGUGCCAUAUUGCGUGAAAAUAAAAUUCUUGUGCUGGACGAGGCAACGGCAAAUGUGGAUCCACAGACUGAUGCACUCAUACAAUUGACAAUAAGAAGUAAAUUCAAACAUUGCACGGUUCUCACAAUUGCACAUCGUUUGCACACUGUCAUGGACUCGGAUAAGGUGCUGGUCAUGGAUGCUGGGCGCGCAGUGGAGUUCGGUUCACCAUUUGAAUUGUUGACUGAAAGCAAAACAAAGGUAUUCUACGGCAUGGUCAAACAGGCGGGUAACAGCACUUUCGACAAUCUGCUGACUGUGGCACAAAAGGCGCAUGAGGAGAAUUUGCGCGCGAAAAAGGAUUCUUGACAUUUCUCCGUACCGAAAGUAUUCAAAGAAUAUUUACUUAAGAUUUUAGAGCCGAUAUCAAAUCAUCCUGCAAAUGCACGUAUACAAAAAACUCUCACCGAUGCGACGCAUCACAAAUUUCUCGGAUAGCAGGAACCGAACAAUGGGGGUGUAAAUGGGAACGAAACACGUAGAUUAUCAUAUCGGGGCUUAUUUUUAUACAGUACUUAAUACAAUUAACUAAUAUACCUAUGGUAAAUAAUUGUUUAGCUAAAUAAUUAAGAAGCAUCUUAAUAUAUGCAUGUCUAUAGUAGCUGUGUACAUUGAACGAGGCAAAAUGUGCAUAUAUACAUAUCUAAACGAAUGCUAAUUUUAUGUGCCAUACAAGGCAUUAAAAUGAGAAAAUUGACCUGAAAUAUGCAAAUUCUACAUAUCCACAAACAAAAGUGAGAAAUUACAAGCGUAAAAUUAUGGUAAUUCUAAUUGCUUUAGUAAAGAUAAUCAAGAUUGAAAAGAAAUUAAAUCAAAAACACUAUGCAAACUGAGACAAUAAAGACGGAGACAACAAAAACCGAACUACACAAACACACGCUAAGGUUGGACGCGUGCAAUAAUGAGUUUAGAGCUCAGGUCGAACUGCUGUGAGACAGCGUUACUAUUAGCAUGUAAACAACCAUAUACAUACAUAUGCAGCAGCUAACUUUGCGGCAUAAAUAUGUAUAUAACAAGAGAAUUUAAUUGGCCAGUUUAACUUUAUUUUUUAAUUGAAGCAAAUUGUUUAGCUUGGCUGACACAAUAAAAAUAAUACACGUAAAAAUUAUCUGCCAUAUAUGUAUGUUUAUAAACAUGCACACAUACAUUUUGUAUGCACUUUUCGUUAGCAUAAAAAAGCUUAAUUUUUCCCUUAAUGAAGUAGUGUUUUUAAAUAUUUUUUUUUAGAUUAGAAUUGUAAUGUUUACGCGCCUGCAUAAUUAGUUGAAUAAGUUUUACGUAAACAAAAACAUAUAAACAAACAAAUAUCGUAUGUGUUCCAAUUGUGAAAACUCGUUGACAAUAUUAGGGCAUAAACUUUGUGGUUUUAAAUGUUUUUACCAGUAGUAGGCAGAAGCUUUAUUUUACCAACACACCAGCAGUAGAACAUUUUGUGUCAUCUAUAAAUUUAAGAGUCGUGUGUAUUAUCUAAACAUAAAUACACACAUACAUACAUAAAAUUAUAUGUAUAUAGUACUUAUAAAGAAUUUUUAUGAAAUCAUAGCAACAGAGAAGUUUUUUGUACGUAAUAUAACACAUAUAUAGUACACAAAUAACAAAUACGUUGUUUCUAUAAUGUUGUAUUGUAGAUUUAUUACUGUUACAGAAAUGGUAAUGUGUGCGCAGCCGCAAAUCAAUGAAAAUUAUGUAGUUUUCAGUAUGCAUUUAAAAUUCAUACAUAGCUAUAAUAAUCAUUUACAACUAUUAACGACAUUGAUUCUUCCAGUAAACACUGAUUAUAUCAGUACUAGUUAUAAACGUUAAAUAUACAUAGAUACAUAACAUAUAUAAUAUAAUGCUAUAAUAAAUAUUUACAAAAUGUAGAAUGCAUUUAUAUAAUUUACUUAAUUCAAAUUGGAUAUGAAAUUAGAGGCAGCAAUUAUGGCAAUAAUUAGACAAUUAUAAUCUCAAAGAAUUCGAAAAACAAAGAUGUUGAGCCAUAACUAAAUUAAUGCAAUUUACGCUAUGCACCCAUACUAUUGUGUGCGUUGCAAAAUUUAGAGCGUUAUAUAAAUAAAUUAGUAGUUAUAAUAACAAUAAAACGAUUUUUUUUAAAGAAUUGUUUCAUAAAUAAAUAUGUUAUUCAAAAAAUCUUAACAAUAUGCGCGCAAUAUACAUAUUUUUCUUUGUUUUUUUGAUUUUCUUUAAUCGCACAAAUUUCUCACCGCCCACAACUGAAUGGGUAGCAAGGAAAAUAUACAUUUUUUGUUUGCAUACUAGUGUAUAUGCAAGAAAAGACAAUAAAUUAAUGGUGUCAAUCAACAAUAAAUAGCCUUAAAACAUUAGCGAAAGCCAAGCCAUGAUAAGGCAAAAGCCACCACAUGUUGCCACCGGUAUGUAAGUUCUAUUGCCAGUCAGGGCGCGAUGGUAGAGUACACCGCUAAACAGUAUAGUGCCCACGGCCAUCAAGGAGCCAGUCUGCAAUGAAUAACAAUUAUUACAAAACACAUUAAAAAAGCUAAAAUAAAAAACAAAUACAUUUAAAAGACAAUAUGAAAACACUAAUGAAAGGACAAUAAGACAAGUUCCUUGUUAAAUGGAAUUUACAUGUGUACGUUGAGUAGUAUGUAAAUUAUUUCUAAUUAUCGCAGAACUAUGAAGAAUAUAAAAAAACGAGCUUUCUUGAAUGUGUCGUUUGGCAUUACUAAAAUUGGAAAUUGUUUUCUACCAUAAAAUGCUUAUUUUGAGAAAUGCAUUUAUUUGAAUAUAAAUGUGGGCGUGAGCCCGAAUAAAAUUCUAAAUAUACAGAAAAUCUAACUUGGACAUUCAGAGUAAGAGUCUCCUAGCGAAGACUAAUCCCAACAGGUGUCAACUACAAAAUUUGCUCAAAAAUAUGGCACUACUUAGGCGAAAAUUCAUAUAACUAAUAAAUAAUAUAAUAAAAUUUAUAUUUAUUUAUUAAGUAGUAGUAGUAAGUGUAAAAAUCAGCUGAUUGUUGGCAGAUAUAGCUUUGCACCUCCAAAUACUUUAGUGGUUGUUAACAAACAUACAAACAUACAUAUUAACUUUUUAAAGUAAUUUAAUUAGGCUUAGCUACUAAAAGUUUGCUUUUUAUUGUGCUUGUAGGUAUGCAUAGGCAAAACUGCUUGAAACAGGUUCUGUUGUAAAUAUUAUAGAAUAUAAACAAUAAUUUUUUGUUACGAGAAAUGGUUAAAAUACAAAACUAAUAGAAAUACUUAUUUGUAGCCAUAAGAAAAUUAAAAAAAAAACGAACUUUACCAGAAUUAAGUCAAUUACUAGAUCAUACUUUAUGCUAUAAACAAAUCAAUCUUUUGUAUGACUUACUGUGUGUCAUGAGAUUAUUAUAAAUAACAAUUCACCAAAAUAUUAAGCUUUACUCUUUACUACUCAGCUGUUUUUUAAUAGCAACCACAUAAAUCAUUAUAGAGAAGCGCUAGCUUUUAGUUUUUUUGAGUACAUAUAUAUAUAUAUAUAUAUAUACUACUAUGAAUUGAUCAUUUAAAAUGUUUUGAAAAAUCGCAAUAAAAAGCGGUAGAAUUAACACUAGUAAAUAUAUACAUAUACUUGUAUAUAUGAUGAUAUGUUUUAAAGAUUUCAGACUUUGUGCUAUGGCAAUUCAUAUUAGCCUAAAUCAUGGCGUUGCAACAUCAUUUUCGUUACGUGGUUGUCUCGAAAAAAUUCAACGUAAAUCAAAAGAAUAUUUUAUAAGAAACUAAUCUAUAUGAAAUUUAUAAAAAAAAAA